GAUCUUCUAGGGAAUACAGAUCAAUUGGACAUUUGUUUGGAGUAGGCAAAGCAACUGUUUGCAAAAUACUCAUCGAGUUUUGCAAUGAAGUUGGGACAUCUUUGGCUCCAAUAUAUUUGAAAAAUUUUCCACUGACAAGGGCGCAAAUUGAGAAUGGAGUCGCAGAUUUUAAUGCAAUGGGCUAUCCACAAUGUAUUGGAGCAAUAGAUGGAUGUCAUAUUGAAAUUCAUCCAAGAAAGGAAGAAGCCAUUGAUUACUACAACUACAAAGGGUGGUAUUCCGUAGUACCAUUGGCUUUGGUAGACGCAAAAUAUAGAUUUGUUUAUAUACAUUGCGGCAGUCCUGGAAGAUGCAACGACUCCGGAAUUUUUGAAAAAUCAUCGCUAAAGCGCGAGUUGCAAAGUUGUGCACUUCUUGAUGAAUUGAGCUUGCUGUAUGGAUCCACAAAAAUACCAGUCCAUAUUAUAGGGGACUCUGCUUUUCGUCUCUCUCAGCAUUUAAUGAAGCCAUAUCCGCAUAGUGUGACCAAUACACCCGAACAAAAAAAAUUCAACUAUAGAUUGUCUAAGUGCCGGCGUGUUGUGGAAAAUGCUUUUGGCCAUUUAAAAGCCCGAUUUAGGAGAAUUGGAAAAGGCGUGGAUAACCACAUCAAAAAUGUAAACACAGUUAUUUCAUGUGCAUGUGUUUUACAUAAUUUUUUGAUUGCUGAGAAGGAUUUAAUUUUGGAAAAUUGGCUAGUGGAAAUGCAUCGCGAUUCCAGGCGCAAUAUUCAAUACGGCACCAAUGCAGUUGACCGAUCUGAAGGAGAAUCGAUAAGAAAUGCGUUAAAGGAAUAUUUCAGUGCGGAAGCUUCGUUCAGUGCUGGAGACGAUGGUGGCGAAAAUGAAAACGAAGCAGACGGAGCAGCUGAAAAUGAGGAGCAUGAAGGUGAUAUCGGCGAAUUUGAUGGAGCUGGCGAAGCAACCGAAUCAGGCAUGCCUACAUAUAUAAAUAGAAAUUAACAUUAUACAAUUAGAUGUAAAUACAAAUAAAAUUACAUAUAUAAAUAAAAGAAAUACCUGUUAUACU